UGCGGCCGGGUCUGUAGCCUGACAGGUCCUUGAGCCGAGAAGCAUGAACCGCAGCCGCCAGGUGACAUGCGUGGCCUGGGUCCGCUGCGGCGUGGCCAAAGAGACGCCAGACAAGGUAGAGUUAAGUAAAGAAGAAGUAAAACGUCUCAUUGCUGAAGCAAAGGAAAAAUUGCAAGAAGAAGGUGGCAGUGAUGAAGAGGAGCCAGGCAAUCCUUCAGAAGAUGGCAUGCAAAGUGCACGCACACAGGCUCGACCAAGGGAGCCCUUGGAGGAUGGUGACCCAGAGGACGACAGGACGCUAGAUGAUGAUGAGCUGGCUGAGUACGACUUAGAUAAAUAUGAUGAGGAGGGUGACCCAG